AAGAUCAAAGAAAAAGAAAGAAAGAAAAAAGAAAAUUGAUACUAGUUGAAUUGAAGAAGGCAACUAAGAAAUGCAAGGAGGAGCAAAGAAAACGGGAGAGAGCAUUAAGGAAACAGCUGCCAACAUUGGUGCUUCCGCAAAAUCUGGUAUGGAGAAGACCAAAGCCAACGUCCAAGAGAAGACAGAGAAGAUGACGGCACAUGACCCAUUGCAAAAGGAGAUGGCAACCCAAAAGAAAGACGCAAAGGUUAAUCAGGCUGAGCUGGAUAAGGAGGCGGCGCGUGAACACAACGCUGCGGCAACUGCCGGACACUUGGGGCAGGGUGGACACCACACCGCUGGUACUAAUCCAAAUGCCACCGGUUACGGUACUUACCGUUAAGUACGUAUAACUAUGUAUCAUCAUCAAAGUUGUACUACUAAAUAAGGUUUAGUUAUGAUGUUAGGUUGUAUUUUUUGUUUUCUUGUUGGGUCAUUGUUUUGUUUGUUUCCUGUCUUUUUCAUUUUCACAAUUAGAUUGUGGAAGUUUCUACUUGUACGUGUAACGUUAUGCAUCAUGCAAGUUGUAAUUUCACUUUGUUUCUAUUUCAAAAUAUAUGUAUCUUCUGUCACCAAAAAAAAUAAAAUAAAAUAUAUGUAUCCUCUUGAGUAAGAGGGUGAGAGAUUCUUAC